GGCUGGCUGGAGGACUCGGACGUGGAGGCCUAGUUUGACAUUGUCCCCAUCCCUCAGGCCGCCACCUUAUCACGGUGCUACGCAGGGCUUCUCCGGCCAGCACUGCGGGUACACAAGGUCGGCGUCUGGGCACUGGUUUCCUAAACGACAAGAAAAAUGGAAGCAUCUGCAAACCAAAUGCAGCCACUGAGUGAGAAGCAAAUAGCCAAUUCUGAAGGUGGAUAUGUAUGGCAAGUCACUGACAUGAAUCGGCUACACCGGUUCUUGUGUUUUGGUUCAGAAGGUGGCACUUACUAUAUCAAAGAGCAGAAGCUAGGCCUUGAAAAUGCUGAAGCUUUAAUUAGAUUGAUUGACGAUGGCAGAGGAAAUGAAGUGAUUGAGGAAAUCAAGUCAUUUAGUCAAGAAGGCAGAACUGCAAAGCAAGAGCCUUUGCUGUUUGCACUUGCCAUUUGUUCCCAGUGUUCAGACAUAAACACAAAGCAAGCAGCAUUUAAAGCUGUUUCUGAAGUCUGUCGCAUUCCUACCCACCUCUUUACUUUCAUCCAGUUUAAGAAAGAUCUGAAGGAAAGCAUGAAAUGCGGCAUGUGGGGUCGUGCUCUCCGGAAGGCUGUUGCAGACUGGUAUAAUGAAAAGGGUGGAAUGGCAGUUGCUCUGGCAAUUACAAAAUAUAAACAAAGAAAUGGCUGGUCUCACAAAGAUCUCUUAAGACUGUCCCAUCUUAAACCAUCCACUGAAGGACUUGCUAUUGUGACCAAAUAUAUUACAAAGGGUUGGAAAGAAGUCCAUGAACUGUAUAAAGAAAAAGCACUUUCUGUGGAGACUGAAAAAUUAUUAAAGUAUCUGGAGGCUGUAGAGAAAGUGAAACGUACAAAAGAUGAACUGGAAGUCAUUCAUCUAAUAGAAGAACACAGAUUAGUUAGGGAACAUCUGCUAACAAAUCACUUGAAGUCUAAAGAGGUAUGGAAGGCUUUGUUACAAGAGAUGCCACUUACUGCUUUGCUAAGGAACCUGGGAAAGAUGACUGCUAAUUCAGUGCUUGAGCAAGGAAAUUCUGAAGUAUCUUUAGUAUGUGAAAAACUGUGCGAUGAAAAGCUACUUAAAAAGGCUCGUAUACAUCCAUUUCAUGUUUUAAUUGCAUUAGAAACUUACAAGACAGGUCAUGGGCUCAGAGGAAAACUGAAAUGGAAGCCGGAUGAAGAAAUUUUGCAAGCUUUGGAUGCUGCUUUUUAUAAAACAUUUAAGACUGUUGAGCCGAGUGGAAAGCGUUUCUUGCUAGCUGUUGAUGUCAGUACUUCUAUGAACCAAAAAGUUUUGGGUAGUAUACUCAACGCUAGUACCGUUGCUGCAGCAAUGUGCAUGGUGGUCACACGAACAGAAAAAGAAUCUUCUGUAGUUGCCUUUUCAGAUGAAAUGGUUCCAUUUCCCGUGACUAUAGAUAUGUCCUUACCACAGGUUUUAGUGGCCAUGAAUCAAAUCCCUGCAGGUGAGACUGAUUGCUCUCUUCCAAUGAUCUGGGCCCAGAAGACAAGCACAGCUGCUGAUGUCUUCAUAGUAUUCACUGAUAAUGAAACCUUUGCUGGGGAUGUCCAUCCUGCUGUUGCCCUGAAGGAGUAUCGAAAGAAAAUGGAUAUUCCAGCUAAAUUAAUAGUUUGUGGAAUGACAUCAAAUGGCUUUAGCAUUGCAGACCCAGAUGACAGAGGCAUGUUGGAUAUGUGCGGCUUUGAUACUGGUGCUCUGGAUGUAAUUCGGAAUUUCACAUUGGAUAUAAUUUAACUAUAAGCACCAGCAUGAUCUCAGAUGUCCACUGCUGUCAGUGGAUAUCAUAGAACAUACACAGUUACUUCCCAGCUAACGGCAGUACACUGAAAAGUGGAGAUCAGUGAGAUGGAAAUAUACUUUGCCAAGGACAGAAGGAAAAGCACAUUGGACCCAAAGGUACAUGUAUUCAGCUAGCUCUUGGGAAAUAGCUUCAGGAUACUGUAGCAUCGUCCUCUAAUAGAAAACGUCCUUAGAGACACUGUAUAGUAGUCACAUUUUACUUUGGUAAGUAACACUUUUGGAUCUCACUUGUGUUAAGUACAAAAGUGUGAGUGAGUAGUCCCACAUCAUGUCUCUUGUUUGAGAAGUGCUUGUUUUCUUAAAUGUUUUCAUUGGAAAAGGACAGCUUUGAUGACGUCCAAAUACUCUGAAAUGCACUAGACCAUGCAACUGUGAUAGAAGAUGAACCUCAUGUGGUAAACUUUUAUACCAAGGGGUAAAAAAAAACUAAGACAUUUGAUUAAAUUAUGAAUGAGUUUUACAAAUUCCUUUCAGAGUUUUCUAAGGUCAUAUAAACGACAGCUUUCUUAUUCCAUGAAAAAGGUAUUUUUUAUUUCAGGUGUUAUAUUUGUACUUGUAGAAUUUGUACCAUUUGGCCAAAACAUGAUGGAAAAUCCUAAAAGACUUGGUUACCUUCCUGUAGGCUGAGGAAUUUGCUUUGUUUCAUUGUAUUUUAUUGCCAUGAGUAGAGAUAGAACUUAGUCAUUUCUUCUAAAUUACAGCAUCUUUUGGUGUAGUUAGGCUUUCUUAUUUUCAUAUUCAUAAAUGAAAAUUAAAUGUUUAACACAUUUAGUUUCCCCAUCUAUUAUCUUGAACAUAUAACAAUUAAAAUUUCAACUAUACAGAGGUGUCUUUCUUCAUACUCUUGAAAUAGGAAUAAUUUAAAUUACCUUUAACUAUUUUUUGUAUUUUCUAAUUAAAUGUCUGUAGUCUCCUCUGUCCUAUAUCAUUGUCUAUUAUGUUUUCACAGACUUUUUCUGAUAACAUAAAGAAAUAAUAAAGAAAGCUAGGUUCUUCAAGUUUAAAGGCAAUUUUAGAGUAGCCAACUAAGAACUAAAUUAGUCCAUGUAGGAAAUUUUUAAAAUAUUUUUGGUAUAUUAGACUUCCUUUUCAUUAUACUAACUUGCAUUACUUUCUUGAGCAAUUAUCUUGUUUUCAUUAGGAGGUUUAGCAUAGAAGCAGCCUAUUGAAAUGCCAGUGUCUUUUCUCAUAAUUUUAUAAUGGUAUCUAUGGUAGUUUAUAUUAAAACUUUAAUUUUUAUGCAUUGCUCUUUAAAUAUUAAAGGUUUAAUAGGGGCUUAUAAAGCCCUUCUCACUUUCUGUGAAAAAUCAAACACUAGUAAAUGUAAGUUAUAUAACCUUAAGUUUGGCAAUUGGAAGUUUUAUAUUUGGGACAAAGGGGACUUUGGUAGUGUGAGGAUUUGUGUACAUAUUUUCUGCUGAGAAAUUUAGGCUCUGCGAAUAAGAAAAUGUUCCAGCAGAUGUAUUUGACAUAUUAAUGUGGUUUGAUAUGUCAUUCUUUCAAGACAACUGGCAGCAAUUUUAAACAUUAUUUACCUGAGACAUUUUUGAUCAGCAAAGACAGUGGCACCUCCCACUCCAAGUGAGCCUUACUUCUGAUGUUCUGUCAAGGAGGGGUUAGUAUCUUAACUACUUUUGAGAUAUAAAAACUUUAUGUUAAAAUUGACUGUAGCAUUAAACAUCCUAAAUUACAUGAGAGCUAUUGAAUCCUUUAAACCCAGAAUUUUCAGAAAUUAGUAAUUAUAAUAUGGUCUAACUUAUUAAUCCUAAUUAAAAUACUACUUGGAAUAUUACAUAAAAGCUUAUUUUUUCAAUUAUAUAUUGUUCAAAUUGUGCAUUUAGGUAAAUAAAGUAUGUCUAGGAGCUAGCAUUUAAUCCAUCAGGUAAAUAAGAUUAGAGGUGACCUUUUUGAAGUACUUAGGUAGGCCUAAUUAAAUAGAUUUGGAUGGAUGGAUGGAUGGAUGGAUGGAUGGAUGGAUGGAUGGAUGGAUGGAAGGAAGGAAGGAAGGAGGAAAAAGAAGGUGAUUUUUAUUUUCAAAACAUUAAACUUCAGAGCUGAAAGAAACUUAGAAUCUUUAAAUCUACCAUUCUGAUUUUGGUUAGAUAACCAGUGUCUAGGACCAUAUGAUUCUGGGGCAAUGUAGCCUGGGAAGCUCAGCCUCUUCCUUUCAGUCCAACUUUCCUUUUACAUACACAGGGAUGGAACACACAGUCUUUUACCUUAGUUACAUAUUAGGAAAUAAUGUAUAUGCAUGAUUGCUUUAGAAAAUUGUUGAACAUGUAUGAUUUUUUAAUUUGUAGUAAUUCUCAAACACAGUUAUGUUGUAUUAGAACUAUGUAAUAUAGACCUAUAGAAAGACUUUACCUCAUUAAGCAUAGAAUAUACUCAAAUGGUAAACAAAUUUUACUUUCCAAAUUACUUUUAGGGUUACUGUUAAAUAAAUAUCAUGGAAAAUACUACUUUGAAAAACAAUCUUAAAAAAUAAAUUUAUUUCCAAGAUAAUGUGUAAAUAUUUCCAGAUUUCAGUUGUUAUUGAUAAAACACUAAUCUUUUUUAUUAGUGGUGAUUUCUUGGAAAUUCCAUUUAUUAACACUGUUAUUUAGUGAUUGUUUUUUAUGAGAGUUUUAGUAAGGCAGGAUGCUAGUGAAUGGAAUGUAGUAUUACCCCUUUGGAACCUCUUUUGCUUUCUUAAAUGUACUGUGUGUUUAUAGAGAACCAGUUUAACUUAUGUGAUUCAGUCUUGCUAGGUUCACAAAGUAACACCCCUUAUGCUUGGAGAUAAUAGAAUCAGUAGCUUAAUAUUUACCUAAAAUUAAAACUGGAAAGGAGGGCUUGCAAUACAAGUUAAAAUUUCCUUUUUAAUUAAAAAUACUAAGAUGUCAUUAUUGUCUGAUAAAAAGAAAGAACUAUAUUUCAAGUCAAGAUCCUUUUGGAAAGACAGAAAAACUCAUACUCAGAACAGCAUACUCUUACUAACAUCUGCUUAAUAGUCUUUUCAAAUAACAAGUCUACAACUGACAGAAUACUAUUGGCAGGGUUAUGUCUCACUUUUCUAGACUUUAGAAAAAUUCAAUUCUUUUGGAAAGAACAGAAUACGGGAAUAAAUUUGAGGCUAUAAUCAUUAAGAAACACCUUUAGAAGUACAGUAAAGCUAUGCCUAAGCAAGAAACGAAGGUUAAAUCAUUGUAAGUUAUAUUUCUUUUUCAUUUGACCUAAAGAUACUACCAUAGCAAGAUGGCUUAAUGAGUAAAGAUACUUACCACCAAGCCUGAUGACCUGGGUUCAAUCCCUGGAACCCAUGUAGUAGAGGAAGAGAAUCAGUACCUGUAGUAAAUGUCUCCACAUUUACCCCAUGGCACUUAUGUGCAUCCAUACACUCACACACAAAAUAAUAAAUGUAAAAGUUAGAAAAGAUUUUUAAAAAGAUACUGCCACAGAGUUAGUGGGUAAGUGAUACACUUGUAGUAAAAGUAAUUAAAAAAUGAACAAUCUGGGGCUGGAGAGAGGGCUCAGCAGUUAAGAGCACUGACUGCUUUUGCAGAGGACUGGGUUCGAUUCCCAGCACCCACAUGGCAGCUAUGAACCAUCCUUAACUCCAGGUCCAGGGAAAUACGAAGCUCUCUUCUGCCUCCCGCAGCAUUGUGCAACACGGGUGCACUCACAUACAUGCAGGCAAUACAUUGUUCAUACACAGAAAAUAAAAAUAAUAAAAUAUUUUUUAAAUUAAUUUAAAAAAUGAAUAAUCUAGUCUUGAAAUGGGUUGAUUUUAUUAAGAUGAAAACUGUCCUCUAGAGAAAUGUCAAACAGACUCAGUAUAAAGAACACAAGUGAGAAUCUGAACAGGUGUGAGGUGCUGCCGUGAAGCAAGGCAGCAGUUACUGCUUGAGUUUGGCCUUGUGUCUCCCUCAUACCUGCUCCUUCAUCUCAUUCCAGGAAAGAUUCUUUUAGGCCUAGUUUUCUUUUUCUUUUGAAAGUCUUCUCACAUUUUUGUCCUUUUUCUAGUUUGAUCUAAUUGGAUAAUAAAAUGAAUGGCAAGAAAGUCAUCUACGUUCAGGUUUAGAUUGAUCUUUUGCAGAUUCUUUUUUUAUUUUACACAGAUUUAAGAAAAUAAUUUCCAAAUUAUUAAAGUAAUAACUGAGUUGACAGAUUUUCCUCCAAAAUCAAGUUAUACUGUAUAUAUUCCAGAAAUUUUAUGACCAUUCAAUAAGAUGAGUUAUUCAGGAUUUGUUUGUAAUUAGAGAUAAACGUACUUGCAUUGAAAAGAGGUAUUCUGCUACAUGAGCACUGCAAUAAUUGGCUACUCUUUCAGAAGAUGACAUCUGUAUCCUCAUGUUUCCAUAAUCAUAAAGACUACUGUUUGGUUAUUGAAGUCAUCACUGAGUAUAUACAUGCACACAUAUAAGCUUUUAGUAUAAAUAACUUACAUUGACAUUCAAUAUUGUUUUAAUUGGUAACUGUAUUUGCUUGUGAAAAUUAUUAUGAACUUAAUUCUAAAGUUAAUUAUAAAGUAUUUUUCAUAUAGAAAACCAGUAAUGUCACUAAGUGUACUAUUUGAAUAAAAUUAUAAAUGGCACAUAUUCCUAAACCUAAAAACAAGAAGAUAUAUUAGAAAAUGAUAGAAAGCAAGAUAAUGUUGAAAGAGUCUAGUUCUGAAGUUGAGGUGGUUAUUUACAGUGAGAAUGAUUUGUAAAUAUAAUGAAGAUAUGCAAAUGCUGUUUCUGAUCCUGUGGAGAUUUUUUUGCCUUCAUAAGUGAAUUUUAAUUUUAAAAUCUCUGAACUGCACUUUUUACAAGUUAGCAGAAUCCAUACCUGAAAAAAAAAAAAAGAAACAGCAAAAGAUUUCUGCUGUUUUCACUUUACUAUAUAUAUACUUGGAUUGUUUAAUGUAGUGAACAUAUUUCAUAUCACCAUAUAUAAUCAGAUUAUUUAAGUGCAAAUGUUACAUUAAACCUUGUAUUUAAAUGACUCUUCAAGCUGUUUGAAGUGUAAACUGGAGCCCCUUUAUGGCCAAAUUAAAAUUUAAAUAUACAAUGAAUGGACACUCAUGAAGAAAAUGUUCUUGUUACACUAUUCUAAAUAUAGACUAUGUAUUUGGUAUGAUGUGACGAGACAGCUUGUGGAAUAUGUUUUAGUUACAGUUUCUUCCUUUUAUUGCCAGCCUCUCACAAUCAAGAAUUCUCCUAAGGAACGAGAUGUAUGAAAUCAUCUUUUUUUAAAAAAAAAAAGGGGGGGGGAAUAGAUGUGUUACAGUCUGUUUCUGAACUAUCCAUUUGCUUUGUUCAUUUCCGUAAUCAGCCAAUUGAUGGAGCUUUCAUUUAUCCAGAAUAAUGUCUGCAUAGAAUAAGUUACAGUUAAGAGCCUUAAAGUGGGGGGAAAAAAUAACCCUUUUGACUGCCUUAAAAUAUGACUAGCUCUCCUUUCUAGACUUUCUGAUUACUUUCUUUGGGGUCUGUUAAUUAAUGCCUUAAUAGUGUUUUAAUGUUUCUGAAGUAUAGAACUCAAAGGGUCUUUUAGAGCUUUUAAUUUUGCAUAAAGAAUGGAAAGUUCACUGUCAGGUUUUAAAACUUGAUUGUACAUUAAUAAUUUAAACAUAAUGAAAUAAUCUGGCUAUAUUGGCGUGUUACAGCCAUGUGACUAUAAUAUCAGUGAUAUUUUAUGGUAGUUUAAGGUUUUUAUUGUUUCGUAGAACCAGUUAUUCAAGAAGCUGGACUUCAUGACUCUAACAUGACCUCCCUGGACCAUGUUGUUUAUUUAGCACUCAAUGAAAUGUGCAGUUGUACAAUUCCAAAAGGAGGUACUUUUUAAGGCAAUU